CCUCCCGUUCAACCGGACCGGUUUACGUUCCUCCGGGGAUCACAGCGGACUCUCGGUCUCGGGUUUGUCCGAUAAACAGUGCAUCAUCACCGGAUACUUUCAGUCCGGAUUCUGCAAAGAAAAUCAACUUUUAAAGUUGUUGGUCACGCGGAGAGACGCAGCUGGAGGAUCUUUUUAUUGCAAUCACAUGGCUUCACGUUGACCGACGACCGUCCGGUUUCCCCCCCCGUCGUUGUCGUCACCAUGUCAGCUUCCCAGGAUGCCCCCUGCCUGUCGGAGCUCGGCGGACUCCCCGGCGUCUCCGGCGCCCGACCCUGCAACCGGAGCACCACCAGGACGUCGCCGUACACCCCGCAGGCCACCGCGGCCUUCGCCAUCGCCAUCACCUUCAUGAUGGUCCUCACCAUCGUCGGGAACAUCUUCGUCAUCAUCGCCGUGCUGACGUCCCGGUCCCUCAAGGGGGCUCAGAACCUCUUCCUGGUAUCGCUAGCGGCGGCGGAUAUUUUGGUCGCCACGCUCAUCAUCCCGUUCUCGUUAGCCAACGAGCUGCAGGGCUACUGGGCGUUUAGCUCCAUCUGGUGCGAGAUCUACCUGGCGCUGGACGUCCUCUUCUGCACCUCCUCUAUCGUGCACCUUUGCGCCAUAGCGCUGGACCGCUACCUGUCCAUCUCCCGGCCCGUGUCCUACGGCGCCAAGCGCACCCCGACGCGCAUCAAGGCGGCCAUCGUCGUGGUCUGGCUGAUCUCCGCGGUCAUCUCCUUCCCUCCUCUCCUCACGCUGGACAAGAGCGAAGGAGGCGAGGAGGUGUGCGAACUGAACAACGAGCGCUGGUACAUCCUCUACUCCACCAUCGGCUCUUUCUUCGCCCCUUGCGUGAUCAUGAUUCUGGUGUACGUGAGGAUUUAUCAGAUCGCCAAGCGGCACACGCGCUGCCCGCCUGGACGGGAGCAGAAAGCGGCGGCCGGAGGAGACGCUAGCGUGGGAACCAACGAGCAUCCAGCGAAGUUAUCUGAGAACGGGGAUCAAGAAGGUAGAGAACGAGAAGAAGUCCCGAACAAAAUGUCCCCGCCGUCACUUCAAAAUCCUCCAGGGAAAACCACCAGCCAGGACGCUCAGCCCGAAACUGCUAGUUCGGUCCAAACAUCCACCUCAAUCCCCCAUAAAAUACCCUCAGCUGUUCCCCACAAAGAAGAGGAGGCGCUUCCCGACAACUCGUCCAGCUCCAGCUCUGAAGUAGGCGACAAAGGCAAAGACAAGACGAACGCCGCGACCGACGAUCAAACGUCGGCAUCGUCCCGACGGAAAGGGUUCAGAGUUCAGGCGCUAAACUUGGCCCGCAGGUACAAAACCACGAUGGCCACGCCGUCCGGCACCAAACUGGGACCCGAAGAGACGCCCAAGAUUCAGGGGACGCCUGCGUCCCGCCGCAAGGCCAUGGCGAACCGGGAGAAGAGGUUCACCUUCGUGCUGGCCGUGGUGAUGGGCGGGUUUGUGAUCUGCUGGUUCCCCUUCUUCUUCUCUUACUCCCUUCAGGCGGUGUGCCCCGAGACCUGCAGCAUCCCCAACCCUCUGUUCAAAUUCUUCUUUUGGAUCGGCUACUGCAACUCCUGCCUCAACCCGGUCAUUUACACCAUCUUCAACCACGACUUCCGGAAGGCCUUCAAGAGGAUACUGUGCCGGGACACCAAGGGGACGUUCUUCUAGAAAGAGGAAAGUUGUGUUUUUUGAGCUGAAAAAUGAAUUAUUUCUUUGUGCGUUUGACCGGGAUCGACCUUCUCUUCGGCAUCGAACAUAAAACACUUCGCCGUCCGAAUGUCUGCUUAUUUGUCCGGACGCUCGGCUGAGUCACAGCAGCGGCGAUAAAGACGGGGGAUUUUUCAGAAAAAGCCGCGGUCAAGUGGCCCGAAUCAAUUAUCUUUAAUGUUAUUUAAGAAUACGCUGUAAUUGAAUAUUCAAUGGCUCUGAAGACGAAAUGAUUGGAUUACAUAUUGAAACGGAAGUCAAGAGGGAUACAGGGUCUGUGUUCAGUAAUUUAACGUACAAACGAGAAUGUGUGUGUGUGUGUGUGAGAGCAGAGGAGGGCAGCCUCAGGGUUUUACUGGAAGAGAAUAAAUAUCACUAAGUGUCCUUUAUCGGAGAUUAAAAAAAGGCACUCGAGGAACACAGGAUCAGGGGUAAACUUGUGAGCUUCUCUGUUUCUUCCUCCAUGUGAAGCUGAAACAAGAGUUUUUUUUAUUCCCGAGUGUCGGUGAACCGCUGGAUGUUACACCUCCCACUGGGAUUAUCUCACGAAGGCCACAGCCAGCGGGGAGAAACUAGAGAAUCACCAGAGGCUGCUUGAGAAGAUGGAAACACUUGAAUCUUCUCUCCACCUCUAAUGCAUUUUAUUUUAGUGCAUUGCUGAAAUGAAGAUAAGUACAUUUACUCAAGUACUUCUCACAGGUACUUCCUUACCCACAUGUAUCUCCAGAUUCAAUUCAAUUCAAUUACAUUUAUUUUUGUAUAGCCCAAAAUCACAAAUUACAAAUUUGCCUCAGAGGG